AUGUAUUGCGCAUCACAUCCAACUUAUUUCAAGAAUUCUUACUUAGUUGGUGCUACCCUUAGAGAAGAGAUUAUAUUCUCUUCUACUAUUGGUGGAAAUUUAAAAUCAACGACUAAAACUCAGUAG